ACUUAGCAAAGAUUGCUAUGAUAUUAAAGACUUAGAUGAUAGAGUUCUUAUAUUUCAAGGCCAUACACUGGACUUUAAACAACAAGGCUUUCUGUGCCAUUUAACACCAGUGUGAUCAUAUGCCUAAACCUAAAUAAUAUGGCUUCAGAAGACGCUAAAUCGUCAGGCCAUCACGUAAUAGACAUUCUCUGGAGCUAUAGCAAAUCAUUUGCAUUGUUUGCUGCUUUAAAUAAUGGAGUAUUUGAAUACUUAGAGAAGAAUGAUGGGGGAAGAACAGCUCAGCAGACAGCGAACGACCUUUGUCUUGACGGAGUCGCUACGACUAUUUUGCUUGAUAAUUGUACCAGUUCUAAUCUCUUGGUGAAAGAAAUACCUAAAGAAAAUAUGGAGGAAGCUAUUUACCGAAAUUCAGAUGAAACGAAGCGACAUCUUUUACCUCAAAGUCCUGAGUCACUCUACAAAUACGCCAUCUUUGAGGCUCGUGUACUGAGCAAAUUGUCGGUGAAUUUUGAGCAUGCUUUGAAAGAAGGUACAAGUCAAUGGCAGCGUACAUUUGGUAUGACAUCGGAAGAAGCCUUUAACAAUUUAUACAAAAACAGGGAAAGUUUAAUUGAGUUUGAAGAAGCUAUGAAAAAUCGCAUCGAAAUAUGCAAAAGCUCGUUGCUUGAAGCGUUUGAUCUCUCGGGAUUCUCACAUCUUUGCGAUCUUGGAGGUGCUGGUGGUGCGUUAUCAUAUGCCGCCGUGAAAGCAUAUCCAGGAAUGAAGUCGACUGUGUUUGACUUAAAACCUGUUAUUGAUGUUGCUGAUCAUUUCAGACCUUCGUUUGAAGAAUGUCCAAACCGAGAUAAUGUUUCUUUCGUAGCUGGAGACUUCUUUAAAGAUGAUUUCCCUCCAGCAGACCUUUACAGUAUGACAUGUAUUCUCCAUGAUUGGGAAGAAGAAAAAGUUGAUCUACUUUUAAGCAAAACCUUUCAAAGUCUUCCGUCGGGUGGAUGUAUUUUAAUUGGAGAAAUAAUUCUUGAUGAUGACAAACGCAGACCAUGGCAUGGUCUAUCAUUUAGCAUGUCUAUGUUGACAAUUUGCUCAAGAGGACGCGAGAGGUCUGGAAAAGAAUAUGAGCAACUUCUCCGAAAGCAUGGCUAUGUUCAAAUACAGUAUAAACAGAGUCAAAUGCCGUUUCGUCUUGGAGCAGUUUUUGCAAAAAAGCCAUAGAUUUAUUGCAUUCUUUUGCUAGUGCAAAUUCAAACAUUUGACGUAUUUACUCAUUUUCACAAUCAUCUGUUAUAUAAAAGUUAUAUUGCUUUAAAAAGCGUUUAACAAUGCUUAUACUUGUAAAAUAUGGCCGCGUAAUAAAAGCCAUGGCUAAGUGAAACAUAAGCCAUCUUAUUUACAUUCAAGUAAAAUGUAAUGUAUCCUUUAAAGAUACAAUUGCUUUAAGCUUUACAUGUAGCGCAGUCAACAAUGAUUACCAUGAUAAUUCCAUUUA